AUGACGGACUCGCAACAAGAGCAGCAGCUUGUUGCACAAAUGGGAGGUAUGGACAUCUCGGGACAGAAACCGGGGCCAAGGGGUCCAAUGUCUCCCCCGCAGCACCGAGGACCCAUGCGUGCCCCUCCCACCGGGUACGGGGGACCGGGACCCAUGGGACCUCCUCGGGGCCCUCCGCAGGCCUAUCAUCCGCAAGAUUUUCCCGACCAACGACGUGGGCCUCCUCCCCAAGGACCCGGAUUCGGGCCUCAAGAAGGCGCGUACCAGGAGGAAAAAUUUGGGCCCCCUCCCCGAAGCAUGACAAUGCCGACGAGAGAUCACAUGGACAUGCGCCAAGGCGGCCCUCCUGUGCGACGGGAUAGCGCCCCUUACAAUGGCCCUGUCGGCCGCCCUAUUCCGCAAAGACCAAGCACCGCUCAAGGUAUGCGCCAACCGCCUCCGAGAAUCCACCCUCCGAACAGCAACAAUCCUCCUCUCCAAGAAGGAUACCGGGAGCCUCCGCAGAGGAUUGGUCCCGACUCGGCCUACGGCCAGGAUCGCCCUGAAUCCAUCGACAACUUUUACGACUAUUACGGCAACAAUGAGGGGUACCCCGCGCAGAACCCUCCAUCCGCCGCGUCCGAGCCUCCGAAUUUCGAUGCCAUGCCCACGCAACGACCUAGGAACUCUCUCGACAGGCACAUGCAACCCGGCCAGCCGGAGCAAGCCCAGCGUGGACCAGGCAGAUACCCCGAGGUCAGGGCAGCAAAGUCUCAGCCCGACUUGCGCAACUCGCAAACGGCCGUGUUCGAGAUGGCGGGCGACAUCCCUCCCUUACCUACCCAGCAAGCAGUCCAGCAUCCAGCGCCUUUGCCCAGUAAUCCGCAGUCAUAUAAAGGGCAACCCGGGCCGGCUCUCGGACCGGGCUUGCCUCCCGGUCCAACCCCAUAUCGACCUGGCAUGCAGCCUCCGCCUCAAUCAAGCCCUAAUCAGGACAGUCUCCCCUCGCAUCCUACACCCGUCCGCCCGGGACACAUGCCUGGCUCGAUAGUGAACCUCAAUGACCGCCCGCCGCCAGUCAGGAACUACAGUGGCGGGACGAACUACAGUGCCAACACGACCACUCCACCUGCGGGAGGUUACACUCAAGGACCGCCUCCUCCUGCGCAACAAGCAACCAACCCACCUGCUGCGAAGCCCGUGGAAGCCCCGGUUACGAUUGAGGAGCUGGAGCACUUGCGUGCUGUGGUGAAGAACGACGCAGGCGACCAAGCAUCGGCUCUCCGGCUGGCGAAGCGACUGGUGGAAGCCUCCGAUGCGCUCGUUCCCAACCUUCCCGACCCAAAGGCUCGCGCCCGUUCCCGCGAGCGAUACCUCGUCGACGCCCAUAAGAUUCUCCGCAAGCUCGAGAAAGCCAACAAUCCGGACGCCAUGUUCUUACUUGCCGACUGUCUCGGCCGCGGCCUCUUCGGCAGCGAGCCCGACAACGCCCACGCCUUCUCUCUGUACCAGUCGGCAGCCAAGCUUGGCCACGCCGCGGCCGCCUACCGCACCGCCGUCUGCUGCGAGAUUGGCAACGACGAGGGCGGCGGCACCCGCAAGGACCCGCUCAAGGCCAUCCAGUGGUACAAGCGCGCCGCCACGCUCGGCGACACCCCGGCCAUGUACAAGGUUGGAAUGAUUCUGCUCAAGGGCCUCCUCGGACAACCGCGCAAUCCCCGCGAAGCCAUCAGCUGGCUCAAGCGCGCCGCCGAGCGCGCGGACUCCGAGAAUCCGCACGCCCUGCACGAGUUGGCUCUGCUCUACGAAAGCGCCGACCCCAACGACGUCAUUCUCCGUGACGAGGCCUACGCCUUCUCGCUGUUCAAGCAGGCCGCCGAGCUCGGGUACAAGUUCAGCCAGUUCCGACUGGGCUGUGCGUACGAGUACGGUCUUCUUGGGUGUCCUAUCGAUCCUCGGCUGUCCAUCAUGUGGUAUAGCCGCGCCGCGAUGCAGGAGGAGCACCAGAGCGAGCUGGCGCUGUCCGGGUGGUAUCUGACGGGCAGCGAAGGGGUGCUGCAGCAGAGCGAUACCGAGGCGUACCUCUGGGCCCGGAAAGCCGCCAUGGCGGGGCUGUCCAAGGCCGAGUAUGCGAUGGGGUAUUUCACUGAGGUGGGUAUCGGCGUACCGGCAAACCUGGAGGACGCAAAGAGGUGGUAUUGGAGGGCUGCUGCUCAGGACUUCCCCAAGGCGAGAGAACGGUUGGAGGACCUCAAGCGAUCGGGCAAGAGCGGUCCGCGUGCCAGGGAGAGGAUAUCCAGGAGCAAGAUCGGGAAGCAGCAGGAGGGCGAGUGCUCUGUCAUGUGA